UAUACACCUUUAGUUUUAAAAAUUAAUAACAAAUAGAAACAGUGCCUUCUUGAUAACAAUACAGAGUGUAUAUCAGAAAUACGUGUUUUAAAUUUAACAGGUAACAAACAGAGCUCAACAAAUUAAACAUCUUUUCUAUUUGUAAUUUUUCAAUAAAAAAUUCGCAAAUUUACAUAAAAUUUGGAAAAAGAUAACAUACUGAAACGUGUACCCCCCUAUGAAAGCAAAAAUAAAAAAGCCGAACUAUUUUCGUUGUGGUAGAAACGAACAAUUUAAACAAUUUAAAACAACAAUGAAAAUUGUUGCUAUGAAUACAAACUAAUUAUUAAACACUGACCGGCUCGUUUGCACAAAAGAAAGGAGGAAAACAGUGAGAAUUAAAAAUUUUGUAAAACGUUAUAGAGAAAAAUUGUAUUUGAUAAGUUUUAUUACGUGGUAAAAUUAACACACGUAUUUUUGUUCUGAUACACCCUGCAUUACUAUGUAAGUGAUAAAAAAGAUCUAACAGACAUAUCAAGUGACUGAUUGAUUUUAAAGCUUUUUAGUUUGCAUAUUUUAAAUGGCAACCCCCGUUUAUUUUUAUACCAUUCGAUGCGGAAUUAAAGAAACAACAUUUUUUGUUAUCACAACCCUAUUGCAAAUCCUAACACAUUUGGAGUUAUUUGUCAAAAACCUUUUAAACAUGUUUGACUUUUAAUCAUUAAGGUCAUUUGUCACUACAAAUCUGUUAUGAUUUAUGUUAUGCUUGUAUUAUAAAAAGUUGAAUGAUAUAAAAAUAAAUAAGGGUUGUCAUUUAAAAUUAGCAAAAUAAAAGGCUCUAAACAUUAAAAAGUUUGGAAAUAAAUUGUAAACACCCUGUAGUAAUUCAAAUCAAUCAAAGUCACUUAAUAUGUCUGAUAGAUCUUGUUUAACACUUACAUAGUAAUAGUUUCUUCAAAAAAGCACUGUUUCUAUUUUUUAAUUAAUUUUUAAAACUAAAGAUGUGAAACCGAAUGUUUUUGGUUUUUAUUUUUAUUAACAGUAAUCCUUGAACCGAUUUGAAAAAAAACCUUACGGACAUGUAACAAGCUAAAAAUGUAUCAUAAUAAGCACAAAAAAAUUAUAGCUACCAUUAAAAAAAUUAUGGUUAAAACGUCAUAUUUUUUUAGGGACACUCUCUAUAGUCAAAAAUAUUUUUCUGAAAUGUUUCCUAGAGCUACAGAAGACGGGAGCUGAGCUGGACACCCUGUAUAACCAAGUAUAACGGUUCCUUAUAUUCCGGUUAUAUCCCGGUUAUGUAUCGUUAUCUAACAUUUAUAUACGCGUGGUUAUAUUGCAAUUAUAUAACUGCCCUUAACAUUUCGCUUACAUUGGAUUCAUUUUUCCUUAGCUAACCAUACGAAGUUGAGGCGUUCCUUUUAAGAGGUGCUAGCAUGCAUUGAAAGAAAAUUUGUUGUGUCAUUUUUAAUUUUUAAUUUAUUAGAAAAAAAUGGAAAUUAGUAAUUUUCGUUUUUAUUCCUUCAAGCGUAAACCAAAAGAACAAGACGUUUUUAACUAGGCACUUUGUUAUAAAGAAUCUAAAUCUGUCAUCGUAUUUUCCAAGGCAUUCUUGAUGAUAUCAUAAUCAUAACACUCAACUUUGGUUUCGCUUAUGGGAGUCAUAUUCGCUUUUUGUAUUUUUGAAAAGAAUUUUUAUUCUAGAUUACAACGAUGUUUCACAUCAAAUGAUCGAAUCUUACAAUGAUCAAAAUGAAAACAAAAGCAUUUUUGUGAAGAGUGCUUUAGAAAAACGCCAAAAAUUUUGUUUUUAAACAAUUUUGAUUUUGGAGGUUUAAUUGAAUUUGGAUCAGGAAGGUUUACAUUUUCGCCAAGCUCACUUAUUUAAAAACUAAACACCAUGAUAAGCUCGAAGUUUAUAGUGCAAAACAAAGUUAUAAAAACUCUAAGCAGAACUGUCAAAAUUAAGUUUGUCAAACAAAAUUUUUGGCGUUAUUUUCCAAAGCACCCUUUGCGAAAAUGAUUUUUUCUCCAUUUUGAGCAGCAUAUAAGAUUCGAUCAUUUCAUGUGAUACACCGUUGUAAUCUGGAAUAAAAACACUUUUCAAAAAUAUAAAUGUAUCAAAUAUGGCGUCCGUAAGAAAAACCAAAGUUGUGUGUUGUAACUCUGACAUCAAGAAUGCCUUUAAAAGGCCAUGACUGAUAGAUAUUUUGUAAAAAAGUUUCUGAAGACGUCUAGUAGUUCUUUUGGUUUUCGCUUAAAAAAUUAAAAGUAAAAUUAAUUUUUUUAACUUUACUCAAUAAUUUAAAAACUGAAAAUGAUACAUUAAAUUUUCUUUAAAAUAAUUGUUCAGCAUAAAAAUGAGCAACUUUGCCCAAAUUUAAUCGACCUCCUGUCUCUUAUACAAUGUGUUUCUAAUGAUUCUCAUUUAGUUGUCUGUGAAUUUUUCAUGUAAAAUCAAAAAUACCGCUCUAUAGAAUUAAUAACAGGCAUUAAGACACCAAAAAUUACCAUUCUACAUUUAUUAAGUCUCCAAUUUGGAAAAAAGCUUCUACAAUAAAUGUGUUUUCUUGUACAGUGUAAAAAUUUACUUGCGUUUUAACGAAAUUUUUUAAAUAAAUUAAUUGACAAUUUGUAAAUUUCAAAACUGACAGUUUUGACAUUUAUUGACAGAGAAUUCAAUUAAGCAAAGCGACACAAAUUUUUUACAUGUAAACCAAUUUUAAAAUUAACUAGAUAAGAAUCAUUUAAAAAUACAUUGUAUAAUAACUGAGAUCCCCUUAUUGGAGCUUGAAAACAGAUAUCCUGUAUAACCGCAAUAUAAUUCAGUAAAAUUGUUCGUGCCAAAAAUAUUGAACCACAAACAUAUGGCCAGCUUGUGGAAAUAAAUGCAGUAACCAAAAUUGAAGCUUCCAAACCACCACUCAAUCUCACCGUUAAAUGGACCUUACAAAACGAUUUACAAUUAAUUUGGUGUCAUCCAAUUGAAGCUAAUGGUUAUAUAACUCAUUUCAACAUUUCUGUAUUUUCUGAAAAUCAAACAGAAAACCAUAUUAUUCACACUUUGGAAGUGUUAAACUACAGCUUUACCUACAUUCACAUAAUUAAUCAAACAAAACUAAUACCUUCAAGAAAUUAUACAAUUAUAAUUCGAGCUUUUAACGGUUUAAAUGGUAAUCCUGCAACGACUGCGGAUAUAAGCCCUCCUGUUAUUCCAUUUUUUGAAAAUGAACCAAAAAUUGUUUUUACUACAGACACCACAUUUAUUGUGGAAACAUCCAAAAUUAGAAACAAUGCCAAGGAUUUUAAAUUAUUUCUUUUGGUACAAGUUGACACAAAGAAUAUUUUCUGGCAUCCGGAAGAGAUUAAACAGUUUGAAGAACAAUUCGACUUUCGUCAAAUAGCAAAAUUUCAAAUUUUAUAUAAAUGCAGCAACAAAAUAAAUCCUUCCAAUUUCACGAUUGGUAAAAACUGUUCUGUACAAAAUUGCACUACUAAUAAUCAUUUGAAUUAUUUUCUAAAACCUGAAAUCAGCUAUAAUAUUUCUCUUUUGUUGAUAAACACAUACAGGAACAAAAGUAGUUACAAAUUGUAUUCCUUUCGUAUUUACACUAGUAACUCUUUGGUAAUGUUAAAAGCAAUCAAGAACUUUGGAUUAUCGUUGUUAUUUUUAAUGGUAAUAAUAGUUCCCGGUGUAAUAAUUUAUGCUAGAAGAAAGAGAAAAAAGCCGAUAAUCUAUCCAGAAAUUGCUGAAGAUUAUAUUCCUCUAAGAGAAAUAAAUAUCAAAGGAAAUUUAGAAAUCGAUUCUAUGAAAAUUGAAGUAUCCGAACUAGAAAAUUACAUUAAAGAAUCAUUAAAAAACGGUGACCUUGAACGUCAGUAUCUGUUGAUUCCUCAAGGUCACACCAAACCGUGCUAUUGUGGAGCUUUGGAAGCUAAUAGACAUAAAAAUCGAUACCCGGACUUAUUUGCAUAUGACCAUACAAGAGUAGUGCUACGGACAACUAACGACAAAAAGUCGGAUUACAUUAAUGCCAAUUAUAUCGAUGGUUACAACAUGCCAAGAGCCUAUAUUGCUACUCAAGGACCUAAAAUUUCCACAGUGGAUGAUUUUUGGAGAAUGAUAUGGCAAGAAAUCGUGCAACAUAUUGUUAUGUUAGCCAACAUUUACGAGCAAGGAAAGAAAAAAGUAGAAAAGUACUGGCCUAACCCUCACGAAGUACUACAUUAUGGUAAAAUCAAAAUACAACAUUUUAACAUUAAAGUUUCUACUGACUUCGAACAUCGAAUCAUUAAAGUGACAAAUCAAAAUAUCACCAGGGACGUCCAUCAGUACCUAUUCUUGUCAUGGCAAUAUCUUGAAGUGCCUUUCUACUCCCAGUCCUUUAUAACUCUUCUGGAAAAACUUCAAAGUAUUCCACUUAGCACUGAAUCUCCGAUUGUUGUUCACAGUAGUGCAGGAGUUGGCAGAACUGGAACUAUCAUUUUAUGUGACAUUUGUUUAAGAAUGGCCGCUGAAGAAAACAGUGUUGAUAUUUUUGGAACACUUUAUCAACUUAGAGACCAAAGACCAAAUCUUGUUAAGAAUGUGGAACAGUUUAAGUUGGCUCAUUUGGUUAUUCUGGACUAUUUAGUUGGAAGAAGAACAGGAACGCCAUGUAGCAAAAUUGAGAAAACAAAAAACUUUCUAAAAAGUGAAGAAUUAAACACACAAUUAAAUUAUUUAAAAAAUAUUGCUUGGUGGGAUGAAAUGGCGCUUCACCACUUGCUGUCUGCUAUUCCUGCAAAAAUAUUUAAUCAAUUUAUAACAAUUCAACAACCUGAGUGUAACAUGGUAGGAAAAUUUUGGAAAUUAGUACACGAGAAAGAAAUAUUGCUGAUUGUUUCUUUAAACAACAGUAAAAUUUGGUCCUUCCAAGAAACAAACCUACUCAAUCCAGUCGAUUAUUUGAUGCUCAAAUAUAUUAAAACUAAAUCUUAUAAAUUCUACGAUAUUAUAAUUCUACAUAUGUACAUUAGGGACAUCAAGGAAUACCGAGUGGUAGAAAUCGUUUCUGUAAAAGAAUGGCCUGCCAAAAAAUUGUGUCCAAAAAACAUCGUAAACUUUUUAUCUUUUUGGGAAAAAACAUACGAAAAGUUCAAAAAAUCUAAUCAAGUCCUUAUAACAUGCUUUGAUGGAGUUGCGGCAUGUGGUCUCUAUAUCGCCAUGACGUUUGUUUUAGAAAAGAUUAAGUUGGAACAUAUUUGUGACGUGUGUCAGGGUGUGCGAGUUGUAAGGUGUAUAAAUAGUGAAUUUGUCACAAGUGAAAAACAAUUGGCCUUUAUGUAUAAAGCUGCAAUGAUAUACGUAAAUAAAUUUCAGCUUUAUUCCAAUUUCAAAUAAGUAGGUGGCAAAAAAAGUGUAUUUUUAAUAUACAGGAUGACCCAGGGGUGUGGAAUCGGUCUAUAACUUAUUUGGUAUUUGAAAAAUUGCUAUGCUGUUUUUGUUAUCUGAUAGAUCGACUUAAAGUCCAAAACUAAAAAUAUUUUUAUUAUACACAGGGUGUUGUCUACAGGUGAACCAAAGUUAUAUCUUUUUAAAUAGAACACUCUAUAUAUUUUUGCAUAAUUGGAUUCUACGCAAAAAAUAGUGUAACUUUAUAUAAACUUUUAUGGGUCUAUCUUUUUUCGUUUUGGAAUUAUUAAACUUUUCGUUAUAAAAAUAACUAAUUUUUGAAAAAUCAUUGCGAAGUGACCUAUGAAUAUUUUUCGGCAAGUUUGCAAUAGAAAAAUUCAGAUUAUUUUGUAGUUUUAGCAAAUAGUCGACUUUUAGUUGAAGCACGCAGACAAUAUUCUGAGUAUGUCAUAAGUCAUAACUCAAAAAGUUCUAUAACUCAUUUUUUUUCAAAUAGACCACUAUGUAUGUUUUUUCAUGUAUCGAUAGCAUUUUUGAUAAACUGUUUAACGGUUUGGAAUUUACAUGGCAAAUUUAAAAUAUUUUUUGAGAUUUUGUAUUAAAAUCAUUCAUGAUUUUAAUAGGAAAACAAUUGUUAUCCUAGAAUCUGAUAUGUCAAAUGAUAAUUUGUUUUUUGAAAUGUACUAACGUGACUAAUUACAUUGGUAAUCUAAUUAUUAUUUGAUACAUAAAUGAAUUUUACUUAUCAAGAAUUAAUAAUAAAAUAAGUAAAAAAAUAUAUAUUUGAACACCUUAAGAAGUAAUUUAAAUUAGAAAGAAUUAGAAAGCUUAUGAAAAAUGUUAUCAACACGUGUAAAGAAAUACAUGGUGUUUCAUUUAACAAAAAUGAAUUUAUUAACUUUUUGCGUCUUGUCACACUCUGUACAUUAGCUAUACAUUUCAAGUAAAAGUCGACUAUUUGCUAAAACUACAAAAUACUAUGAGAUUUCCUGUUGCAAAUUUGUCGGAAAAUAUUCAAAGACCACUUCGCAGUGAUUUAAAAAAAUUUUUUUUUUUUAUAACGAAAAGUUGAAUAAUUCCGAAACGAAAAGAGAUAGACCCAUAAUAGUUUAUAUAAAGUUACAUUAUUGUUUUGCGUAGAAUCUAAUUAUGCAAAAAUAUAUAAAGUGUUCCAUUUAAAAAAAAUGUAACUUUGGUUCAUCACCCUGUAUACAACACCCUGUGUACAAUAAAAAUAUUUUUAGUUUGUGGACUUUAAGUUGAUCUAUCGGAUUAUGAAAACGACAUCGUAAUAUUUUAAAUAGCAAAAAAGUUAUAAACCGAUUACACACCCCUGGGUCACUCUUUAUUUCUAAUACUAAUAAUCACUCAGAAUAUACCUACUAUAGUAAUUUGUUAAAUAAUGCAGAACAUUUUACACACGAACUGGUUAAAGCACAAGCAAACACAGUGAGUGAGUGUUGUAAUUAUUCGAGUGUAUAAGAUCCAUCAUUUAAGAAUUGAAUACUAUACUUUAUCUACGACUAUAAUAGGAUAUUUAAAAGCAAAUGUUAAUUCCUAUGUUAUUGUUAUUAUUAAUUUUUGAAAUGCUUUAAAAAUAUACUUUUAGCAUUUAACAUACUUACCUGCUAAAUGCAUUUUUCACUAUUGGCUGGUUCAAAACUAUAAAAUUGCCAAAGUCGCAUUUUCUCUCAAAAUUAGGUGUUAUAAAUUAUUCAUGCACUUUAGAAAAAUAAUAGCUAAUGUAAUUAAUACUUUCAAUGAGAGAUCUAAUCAGUAGUAAGUAUUUUACAAUUUUAUCAAUCUUAUAUAAAAAAAAUAAUUUGGUAAAAUACGACGUUGGCGUUUUUACAGUUUUGAAACAGGUAAUAUAUCUCAAAAAUUAAUUAGUCGCGCAGAAGUCAUCGUUUGCUAAUAAAUAUUUGAUACAGACUGAACCAAAAGUAACGCAUAUAGUGACAUUUAUUAUGUCAUUCGUUUUUGAGUUGUGACGUUUUAAAUGACAAGAGACAUUUUUAUUCACUGUUUUAUUCACAUAUUUGUCGUUCUGGUAAAAAGAGAAAAAAAUUAAUUAAAAAUUAAGAAAAUAAAUUUAAUAAAAUAAAAAAAAUCUUUUCGUUUUGCCUAUUAUUUUAUAAGCGGCAAUUGUUUUUUAAUUUUUUUUGUAUAAUUAUUAUAUUAUAUAUAAUAUAAUUAUAAUUAUUAUAAAUAAUAAGAUUUAUAAGUUAUAACAUUAAAAUGGAGGAUUUUUUUGAAAAUGUCAUAAAAAAUGUUAAUUUUGUGCUGAACCUUUGGUUUUCCCUGAAUUUUUCUAUACUUCUUUAUAACUAAAAUUAAUUAAUUAUUAGUUUUAGAGCCGGCUUAUAGAAAGCUUUGUUAAAAUUUAAUUCGUUGAUAAAAAUUAACAACGCGAAUAGACCAAUCAAAUUGCUUCAGUUUGGUCACGUGAUUAGUUAAUCUUGCAUUUAAUUGCGACUUAAAUUAAUAACUUAAUAAUUAAUGACAUAAGUUAAAUGCGUGAUUAACUGAUCACGUUACCAAAUUGUCACAAUUUGAUUGGUUUAUUCUCGUUGUUAACUUUUAACAGCGCAGUUAACUUUAAUUGAGCUUUCUAUAACUAGUCCUUAAUAUCAAUAAAAUAAAAAAUGUAAAUAUAUUAAUUAAUCGAAAUAUUUAUUCUAAAACAAUUCUUAAUAAAAUUUUUGUUACUACGAAAAUUUCAUUUAGUUUAAUUUCUAAUUUGUAUUAAUUAAUUUUUUUUGAGGCUAAACAGAUUUUUUGCACAAUGCAACAUUUAAGAAUCGCUUUCUUUUCAAAUGACACUAAAAAUAACAAUUUCCUUGCAGCUAUUUAGUAAUAAUUAACAAAAAAGUUAAUUAAUUAAUUUUAAUUACUAAGGAUCUGUAAAAAUUUUUUGAAAAAGCUACAAUCAUAGAAAAAAAUGUAAAGUAUUCUUUUUACCCCUGUCACUAAAAUGAAAUUUAUACCAGGCGCUAAGUGACGUUUUAGACAUAGAUUCACUUUUGUGCAUUUUAAACACGGGCUGAAAUUCGCUGAAAAUUAUCAAUGUCAAAAACAAAAUAAUUUCCAAAUUGUUUUCGUCGUAGAAAAAAUAUAGUAUGAAUCUUGUUUUCUAAACGUGUUAGUCACCCGAGAUAUAGUAAAAAUAUAGUUUUAGUAGACUCACCCUGUGUACAGACUGUUCCGUCAAAAUCCCACAUUAGAAGUAUUGGGACUUCUAAUAAUGAUAGUCAUUUGAAAAUUUGAGUACAACCAGUAUGUUUUAGCUCCUGCUCAAUACAAAUAUUUUUAAGGUGACAGCACUUCUGGUUAUAACAGAAGUCGCUAUUAACUUCCUUAUUUUAUAUAGAAAGCUCUAUUUUUAAUGCGUUUUUAAAUUACCAUCGUUAUUUUCAGGUAGUUUUUCAUAAGCUUUGCCUAUACCUUAAUUUGGCCGUUUACGAAAUAUUUAUAAUUUUAAUUUUUUUUGAAUGUGCAUCUUCCACCUCAAAAAUCGAUAAUUCUGCCAUUUUUAAAAACUUGGAAAUAUUUUUCAGCUCAUUUGAAAAAGGAAGACUUCGUCUUUCCUUUGGUGUUUUCAAAUUAUUAAAAGAGAAACUCCAGAUUUUAAAGUUAAGUUUGCAAAACUUUAAGCACCCAUAACUCAUUUUUUUCAAAUUAAAUGCUAAAAGUUUUAUUUCAUUAAAUGGUAGAAAAUUUAAUUCUGCAUCGAUUUGUAUUAAUACUACCUAUACUUAUAUAUAUUUAAUUAUUUUCAAGUUAGCCAUAUGUCUCAUUCUCAUCUUUGCCAUGGAAACAAAUGAAAAAAUGUGAAAAAUUAAAGAUUUUUAAACCAACAUUCAAUUAAUUUAAUUGUUUGUUUAAUCAAAAAUGUUUAUUUUGUAAACUACACAAAAAUAGCUGUGGUUAGUAAGAAAUUUCCUACAAUGAUAAAAAACAACAUAGUUGAAAAUUAUCACAAACAGGUAUAGAGGAUACUAAUGCAAAUCGAUAAAGAACAAAAUACUCUUCCAUCUAGUAAAAUAAAAAUUGGGACAUCCCAUUUGAAAAAAAUAAGUUAUUGGUACUUGAAACUGUUCAAACUUAACCUUAAAAUUUUAGGGUUUAUUAACUUCUUUUUCAAUAAUGAACACACUGAAGUACAGACCUAGGCUUUGUCUUUCAAUUCUCCAAAUAUGAUUUUGAAAUCUCUAAAACUAAGCGAGUUACCGAUUUUUUAUGUGACAGGUGCAAAUCCAAACAUUUUCAAAAAAUCCUAAAUAUCUUAAAAACCGUUAAACUUAGGUAUAGGAAAACGGAUAAAAAACUCCCUUGAAAUAAUUCAACUAAUCUAAAAAUGCAGUGAAAAACAUAGCGUUCCAUUUAAAAUAAGAAUGUUAAUAGCGACUUGAGCAGAACUCAAUGGAUUAUGACUGAGUACCAAGUUUCAGAUAAAUAUCUUUAUUAGAACUUUGAAUACUUCUAGUGUGAGAUUUAGACGGAACACUCUGUAUAUCUUCAUUAUACUCGUAAUACUCAUUUGGCCAUCUUUGAGUUGAGUAAUGUAAUAAAAUAUCGAUUAACUAUAAUAA